AUGCAGCGCAUGCAACGCCUCACCGGCCGCUUCCUGCCCAGGACGCCCAAUGAAGCGGACAUUGAAGCCAUGCUCGCCGACUUCAAAGAUGCCGAGACCAUGCUGACCAAGCUCGAGGAGUCGUCCAAGCAGUGGCGCGACGCCUGGACCAACAUCCUGAACCACCAGCUGGCCACCGUCGAGCACCUCUACACCAUCUUCAAGCCAUUGGGCGCAGAAAAGGCCGGCCUCAGCUCACAUGUCGCCGCCGACACCCCCCAGGCCACGCUGGAGCGGGUCGCCGGCCUGCAGGACGCCUUUGCCGAGCUCAAGACGGACAUGAUGGACGAGGUCAAGGACAUUGACCGGAAGCUCAUCAUCCCCGCCAAGCUCGCCAAAGACGCGCUGCAGCCCAUGAAGAAGACGAUGAAGAAGCGCGAAGACGCAAAGGUCGACUACGAGCGCUACAAGAGCCGCUGCGACGCGCUGCAGAAGAAGACGACACGAUCAGACCGCGAGAACGUCGCCCUCGCCAAGCACGAAGCCGACCUCGAGCGCUCGCAGCAGGGCUACUGGAGCGCCGACGAGACCCUCCGCAACUCGCUGCCGCGCCUCAACGAAGCCACCUUCUCCAUCCUGCCCCACCUCCUCGCCAACCAGAUUGUGCUGCAGAACAACCUGAUUGGCAACCUCUACACAGUCCUGCACCAGUACUCCCACGACCAGGGCUACCCCGACCCCCCGCCAGAGCCCGAGGAGGUCGUGCCCAUGUGGGAGCAUGCCUUUUCGCCGCUGCGCAAGGAGAUGGAGACAGACUUUGCGCUCCUGCGAACAGGCAAGGCGGUCCAUCAGCCCAUGAGACUGCCUGACAAGGGCGACACACUGACCGGCCUGGGUCUCCGUAACAAGGUAAUGCCCGGCCGACGAGCCAGCAGCCACGAGAGUGUGCCGACCGUCACCGCCGGCCGCUUGGCGUCACGACCCUCGACGACGCUGACCUCGCCCGACGAAGACGGACCGCCGCCGCCUGCGUACAACCUGGCCACCAAGCCGUCCAUCAGCUCGCUCGGCGCCUCCAAGCCCAAGAUCUCGAGCUCGCCCAUGCUCACACCCUCCAACGGCGACCACUUUGGGCGACGCGCCUCCUCCACCUCGUAUCCCUCGUCGUACUCGAACGGCACCACGCCCGGUGCGCCAAACGGCAACAGCUACGGCAACGGCAACGGCAAUGGCGAGCGCGACUACUUUGGGAAGAUACCGUCGCGCGCAUCGACCACCUCCACACCAGCCUACACCCCGGGCAGCCUGUCGCCCAACCCUGCCAUCGGCAAGAAGAAGCCACCGCCACCGCCACCGCCGAAGAAGAUUGCUUCGUUCCAGGCACAGUACGUCACAGCCAUGUACGACUUCGACAGCCACACGGCAGGCGACCUGUCCUUCCGGGAGGGCAACCGCAUCCGCGUGAUCAAGAAGACGGACAGCUCGCAGGACUGGUGGGAGGGCGAGGUCAACGGGCAAAGGGGCAGCUUUCCAGCCAACUACUGCAAGUAG